GAUAGUGUUCGACAAUCACCAGGUGUUAUUGAAAAGCAAUGCUGAGCGUGAUCCGAGUGCAUCUUCCUUCUGAAAUUCCCAUUGUGGGCUGUGAAUUGACUCCUUACGUUCUUGUUCGUCGCCCCGAUAAGAACUCCGCCACUGAUGAUGUCCCUGAAUCUGCUCCUCUUGAAGGCUACUUCUUGAGAUAUAGAUGGUAUCGUGUACAUAGCGAUAAGAAAGUAACGAUUUGCAGUGUGCAUCCAACGGAACAAGCCACUUUGCAAUGUGUUUUCUGUUCUAAGCGUAGAUCCCUUGUUCCAAAAAGCUAUCACUGUACGCCUAAAUGCUUUACGGAUGCGUGGCAGCAUCACAGGACUUUGCACGAGCGAGCAGCUGCGGAAAAAACCCCAAACGAGGAUGAUGACUUGGGCCGGAAUAACAGUGCGCCUGGGGCUCUCGCUGGUUCCUUAUCUGGUUCUAUGUCAAAUCUUAAUAUUGCCAACAAUGGUCCAGCUCCGUUUUAUCCUUCUAAUAUUACUCAGAAAAAUGGAGGAGAGACGUUAGUCGAGGUCGGGGCUUGCAAAACAUACACUCCAAUAGCUGAUGAUAUUGGCCACGUUUUAAAGUUCGAGUGUGUUGUGGCUAAUGCUGAGACUAAACAGAUUAUGGGACAUCCUAGUACCAUUUUGACUUCACGGGUUAUUCCUGCUCCUUCUCCAAGCCCCCGUAAGCUUGUCCCUGUUAACGGAGUUGAUGUGAUGGGUCACUUAGAUCAAGAUGGUCGGAUUCAAUCUGCAGGAUCAUUCACUGUUCUUUCAUAUAACAUUUUGUCUGAUACUUCUGCAAGUAGCGAUCUCUACAGUUACUGUCCUCCUUGGGCUCUUUCUUGGCCAUACCGCAGACAGAAUUUGUUAAGGGAGAUUGUUGGAUAUAGAGCCGAUGUAGUUUGCCUGCAAGAAGUACAAAGUGAUCAUUUCCAUGAAAUUUUUGCCCCUGAGUUGGAGAAGCAUGGGUAUCAAGCUCUCUACAAGAGGAAGACUAAUGAGGUUCUCAGCGGAAGUACAAGUGCCAUUGACGGCUGUGCAACAUUUUUCCGACGGGAUAGAUUUUCGCAUGUCAAGAAAUAUGAUGUUGAAUUCAAUAAGGCUGCUCAGUCUUUGACUGAUGCUCUAGUCCCUCAGGCGCAGAAGAGAGCUGCUUUAAACCGACUGGUCAAGGAUAACAUUGCGUUGAUAGUUGUUCUUGAAGCCAAAUUUGGUAAUCAACCUACUGAUCCUUCUGGGAAGCGCCAGCUUAUUUGUGUGGCAAACACACAUGUAAAUGUUCAACAAGAUCUGAAGGAUGUGAAGCUCUGGCAGGUUCAUACCUUAUUAAAGGGACUGGAAAAAAUAGCUGCUAGUGCCGAUAUUCCUAUGCUUGUGUGUGGAGACUUUAAUACUAUUCCUGGGAGUGCUCCUCAUACCCUUCUUGUAAUGGGAAAGGUUGAUCCAAGUCACCCAGAUCUGGCAGUCGAUCCCCUAAAUAUCCUGCGUCCUCACACUAAAUUGACUCAUCAAUUGCCUUUGGUGAGCGCGUACUCAUCGUUUGUGAGAAAUGGAAUGGGUGUUGGAUUGGAACAACACAGAAGGAGAAUAGAUCUUAAUACAAACGAGCCUUUGUUUACCAAUUGUACAAGGGACUUCAUCGGCACUCAUGACUACAUAUUCUACACAGCGGAUACAUUAAUGGUGGAAUCUCUAUUGGAAUUACUGGAUGAAGAUGGAUUAAGAAAAGACACAGCUCUUCCUUCCCCAGAAUGGUCUUCUAAUCACAUUGCACUUUUAGCUGAAUUUCGAUGCAUGCCUAGGACCAGACGCUGCUAACCACCUUCACCACCCACCACCAUUUGCUUACAGAUAGGUUUUUUUUUUUGUUCCGAUCUUCGUCUUUGAUCAGAUUAUGACAUCAACUGUUUAGACAAAACCUUUACCAAAUCUGUGAUAGAGAUGACACAAAGGUUCAAAGUGAUUCUGAGUAAGGCAAAUCACUUUAUGAAGUUGGUCAUUCUUUAUUAUGACCUCUGUGUGGCUUUGCCUAACCUCCUUUUAUAUCUCAUUUUGAUCCUCAAUUUACUUAAAAACCCCUUUGGCUUUUUUCUCUUCCUUGCAUUAUAAUAAAAGUAUGGGUUAAGA